CCGAAGGGUGGCAAGCACCUUAAUUCCAACCUUAGGUAACCUUCCUGGAUAUCUCCCACACUCAUCUCGCCUUUUUUCAACUACAUCUCUUUCCCAGGCCGACCGUCGUGGGCUUUUUGGACGGCAUCACGUCCAGUCUCCGCCGCACGACAACGGAAGGGACAAGGAGACGACGGUUUGCUGACUUUUGGCAAUUAUUACCUUACUGCACCACUGCGGCUUCUCUUCCAACAUCUGCGUACGCGACACGGCCCCGAGUCUCAUCGUCCAGGAGCCGUCAUAUUGCGACGGCUUUCACUGGCCUUGGCACAAUUUGCAUUCGCUUGGUACAUCAUCGGUAUCGCAUGAGCAUUUUACUUUGCUAUCGCUACAGAAGUUACCCAUCAAAAUAACUCAUCCCUCUCCAUUGCUUUGCUGAAACUCACCAUGGCGAACAACACAUCCACCCCCGCCGACCCGAUGGCCGCAGCCUCGAAUGCCAUGAUGGCCUCAAUUCAGGACUACAUUCGCACCGCCGUCACCACAGAGGUUGCAAAUCUCCCGAACGCAACCCAGCCCGCCCAAUUGGCGGCCCUUCAGAGUCGUCUCGAGACUGCCAACCAGGAGAACUCUGAAUUGAAGGAGAAGAUCAAGCAGAUUGAGAGUAAGAAGUCCACUCGCCACAGUCACAAGCGCGAGCGAGACACCGUCAAGGCGGCCUUCUCCUCUUACCUGGGCUUUCCUCUUCCAGACUCGAAGCUUUCCCGCCAUUCCCACAGCAAGAGCAGCAAGUUCCCCCAGUUCCAGAAGUUCCCCGUCGAAAUUCGUAUGAAGAUCUGGAAGCUUGCUCUCCCUGCCGGACGCAUUUUUGACCUCUCAAAUGUCGAUGCCCACUUCUCUCGUGUUCUCCGAGCCCCGAUUGCCGCCAACAACGGCGCGCCUAAUCCGGCUUUGGUCUUGCGCCAGGCCUCGGGGCUCACUGAAAUGAGUGUGACCGCCCACAAGACGCCCAAGCUCCGACUCGCUUGCAAAGAGGCCAACAAGGCAUUCCUUGAGGCAGGUGGCUUCGAGUUUGGCUUGUUUGGUGGUCCAUACAAAGGCCUUUGGUACAACUAUUCAGAGGAUAUCGUCUUUGUCCGCGAGGAGCCGCGUACCUGGACUAACCUCGACAUGUCUCGCAUCGUCCGUGUCGCCUUCCCGCAUAAUAGAUUUAUGUGCAAGGCCGACGCUACCGCCAAGAUGGACACUAUUCUCGAUCACUUCACCUCCUGCAAGGAGGUCAUCCUCAUGCAGACCAUGGAAUGGGAUAUCCGCUCCUGCCUUGCAAGCCCUCGCCUGCCUGCUAAGCUUUUCCCGCUGCAGGAAGCCGAUCCUAUUAGCACCCACGACUACCCGAAGGAGCUCUCUGACAACGUCGGUAGCGUCGCAACCUGGGGCGAUGUCAAGCGCAUUGUUGUCCACAUCUGGGAUGACCACGUUGUCAACGUGAAGCAUCUCAGUCCCGGCCGCGUUCCGAAGUUCUCCGGUAUCGAGGUCCUUAAAGCUCGCCCGAGCUACUUUGACUAGAUAAGAUGGAGAAGGUAGCUUGGAUGAUUUUCGGGUUGGUCCUUGAUGAUUCACGCAGGAUUUGACAUGUACCAUAUUCCGGUACACUUUUCAUUGGGAGAAGGGGCGUUUGGUUUGGUUUCUCCAUCGUACGAUAGCUAGUCAAGCACCAAUUGAUAUCCACAAGGUUUUUCAAAAC